AGCACCGGGAGGGGGCGAGGGGGGGGGUUCCGGUCCUUCUCCCCGUUGAACGGCCGUCUGCUGCCCGCCGGGGCCGGGCCCGCUGCCCCGCUCCGGGGCUGACAGGUGGGGUCGGGCUGAGCGCAGCGCGGGGAUUUUCCCGUUACCGGAGGGGCAUCGGGGCUGCGGGACAGCGCGGAGACCCCCGGACCGUCCCCAUCUCCUCCGCUUUGGGGCCGCGGCUGCUGCUGCCCGGUGUCGGAGGGGCUCCCGGGGCAGCGCUAGGCGACGUGGGGGGCGGGGGGGGGGAUGGCGAGAAGGGGAACCCGCCGGGCUGCCCGUGGGGUGCGGACCGGACUCUGGACCCGCCGUACGGGCGAGGUAAGGAGGGGCAGAGCGGGGCGGCACCGGGCGCAGCUUCCGGCUCCGGGAGGAACCCCCGCCCCAGCUGGGGAAACUGAGGCACGGGGACACCGCUCUGCCCGGACGUGGGCACCCACGGAGCGGGGAGGUGCGGGGGGUGGGCGUGCAGGGGAGGGUUCUGCUUUGUCCCCACCCCGGCACCCCUCCAUUGCCCUUGGUGGGGGGCAGCAGGGCUGUGCCAUGGGGAUGUCGGUGUGUCUGUGGGCAUGGAGGGCUGCGAGUAGGGGGAUCCCCAGCUGGGGACCUCUGCACGGGGGUCCCUGACCAGGCUCCCCCUCCCCACAGUGGGUCCCACCUCCUGGACUGUGACAGCUGAGCUCAGACCCUUCAGCGUGGACCCUCCUGUGCCCACUGGCCAUGGGCAGCCACGAGAAGGAUCCAUCUUCUCCCAAAAAGGCCCUGUCACGCUCCAACAGCACUGUGUCUUCCAAGCACAGCAGCAUCCAGCAGGGCUCGGAAAGCUGGGAGGUGGUGGAGGAGCCACGAGCUCGGGGCAGCCCAGGCCGGGAGCCGGAUCGGCAGGAGGGCUACCUGCUCAAGAAGAGAAAGUGGCCCCUGAAGGGCUGGCACAAGAGGUACUUUGUGCUGGAAAAUGGCAUCCUGAAAUAUGCCACCACGCGCCAGGAUGUCCUCAAGGGCAAGCUGCACGGUGCCAUUGAUGUCCGUCAGUCUGUCAUGUCCGUCAACAAGAAGGCGCAGCGGGUGGACCUGGACACAGAGGAGAACAUCUACCACCUCAAGAUCAAAUCUGCAGAGCUCUUUGCCAGCUGGGUGAGCAGCCUCUGCUCCCAUCAUCAGGGAGAGAGUCCAGACCCACUCGCUCCUGCCAGGAAAACCCCCACCUCCUCACAGGGUCCAUGGACACGGAUCCUGCCCUCGGGCAGUGCCCCUGCCCUGUCUGCCCUUGCCAGCUCCAGGGACAAGGUGGAUGCAUGGCUGAAGGACAGCGGGGGGCUGGAGCGCUGCUCAGCUGAGCUGUCAGCGUGCCAGGCACAGCUGCAGGAGCUGACAGAGAUGCUGCAGAGCCUCGAGUCCCUGCACCGCAUCCCUUCCGCGCCCCUCAUCUCCAGCACCCAGCCCUCAGCUGCCACGGAGAGGCCCAAGAAGGGUCGGAGGACCACCAGGAUGUGGUGCACUCAGAGCUUUGCUAAGGAUGACACCAUCGGACGGGUGGGGCGGCUGCACGGCUCCGUCCCCAACCUUUCACGUUACCUGGAGCCCAGCCAGGGCCAGCUGCCCUUCAGCCUGCCACCUGAGUACAGCCAGCUGCAGCGCAGCUUCUGGGUGCUGGCACAGAAAGUGCAUGGCUCACUCAGCAGCGUGGUGACAGCACUGACAGCUGAGAGGGCUCGCCUAGAGGACAUGCAGCGAGCAUUGGACCGCCGGCGCUCAGCCCCACGCCCCGGCAGUGCUGGUCCCACUGGGGCCCCCCUGCCAGGUCUGGAGCCACGGGAUGGGCUGCAGCGCUUCCAUUCGCUCUCCAUUUCCUCUGACACCACCAUGGACUCCUUUGCCUCACUACUCCCCGAUGAGCCCGACAUGCUGCCUGCCAAGGGCCGGGAGCAGCAGCGCUCGCAGCGCAGCAUCGCCUCGCUGGCCGACUCACACACUGAGUUCUUCGAUGCCUGUGAGGUGUUCCUCUCUGCCAGCUCCUCUGAGAAUGAGGCGUCAGACGAUGAGUCCUGCAUCAGCGAGGCUACCAACAGUAUUGAUGAGGACCUGGCCGAGCCGGGGGGGCCUGGACGUCCCCAAACAGGAAUGGACAGCCUAGGGGGGCUGGUGGAGCUGCCCCCGCUGGAGCUGCCGGGGCCAGGACCACAGCAUCGGAGCCGUCUGCCUGCCCCCCCUGCACCACCGGGGGAUGUGAGCCUGUGGGGGCUGCUGAGGAGCAGUGUGGGCAAGGAUCUGUCCCGCGUGGCUCUGCCGGUGCAGCUGAAUGAGCCCCUCAACACCCUGCAGCGCCUGUGUGAGGAGUUGGAGUACAGCACACUGCUCGACCGCGCCGCCCGUGCACGGGACCCCCGGCAACGCCUGGUCUAUGUGGCCGCCUUCGCUGUGUCUGCCUACGCCUCCACCUUCUACCGUGCAGGCAGCAAACCCUUCAACCCAGUGCUGGGUGAGACCUACGAGUGUGUGCGGCCCGACCGCGGCUUCCGCUUCAUCAGCGAGCAGGUCAGCCAUCACCCCCCCAUCUCCGCUUGCCACGCCGAGUCUGACAACUUCAUCUUCUGGCAAGACAUGAGAUGGAAGAACAAAUUUUGGGGCAAAUCCCUGGAGAUCGUCCCGGUGGGCACCGUCAACGUCCGCCUACCCAGGUCUGGGGACCACUUCGAGUGGAACAAGGUGACCACGUGCAUCCACAACGUGCUCAGCGGCCCGCGCUGGAUCGAGCAUUACGGCGAGGUGCUGAUCCGCAACACGCGUGACGCCUCCUACCACUGCAAGAUCACCUUCUGCAAGGCACGGUAUUGGGGCGCGGGUGCCAACGAAGUGCAGGGCGCGGUGCUGAGCCGCAGCGGGGCCGUGGUGGAGCGCCUGGCCGGCAAAUGGCACGAAGGGCUGUUCCGUGGGCCAGCCCCAGGGCAGUGCGUCUGGAGAGCCAACCCUAUGCCCACCGAACACGAGCGAAACUACGGCUUCACCCAGUUUGCGCUGGAGCUGAACGAGCUCACGCCUGAGCUGCGCAGGGUGCUGCCCUCCACCGACACGCGCCUGCGGCCCGACCAGCGGUACCUGGAGGAGGGGAACGUGGCGGCAGCUGAGGCGCAGAAGCGUCAGAUCGAGCAGCUGCAGCGGGACAGGCGCCGCGUGAUGGAGGAGAACAACAUCACACACCAGGCACGCUUCUUCAGGCGGCUGACAGAUGCCAGUGGCAAGGAGUCGUGGGUGACCAAUAAUACCUACUGGAAGCUGCGUCUGGACCCUGGCUUCGCCCACCUGGACAGCGCCGUGCUCUGGUAGCAGCCCCCCGUAGGCUGAGCCCCCCUGCCCCCCCCCAAAUACUGGGGUGCAGGACCCCCCCCACGGCUGUCUGUGGGCAGGCAGUGCCCGGCCCCGGCAGUUCCCAGCACAAAACUGUGAUUUCAAAAGAAGCAGGGAUUGUCCCCAUCCCCUGGGUGGGGUGGGGCUCCCGAGGUGCCCGCAGGCGGGCAACCCCCACCCCCCCCUUACCCCAGCUGCACAGGCAGCUCUGCUCUAAUAAAGGCUGCAGAGACACUGGGGGCUGCGGUGCUCUUCCUUCCUGCCGGUCUCAGGACCCACCCCCAGCCUGGUGUGCGUGGGUCCCCCCCCACAUGUUUCAGUUUCCCUCCACUUGCGCACAGAGGACAGAAAAGAGGCCUCACCUACAGCGUCCCCUUUAUUGCGAGAUAUGCUGCUGCCCCCCACCCCGCACCGGGCACGUGGGGCUCAAUAAAUACUUCAGCAUGAACCCCCCCCCCGUAACCACCGAGAACAACAAAAAACACCCCCUCCCUUCCCUCCCUCAGCCCCACCCCUCUCACCCCCAUGGCCCCACCGGGGGGGGGGCUCCAGGGGCUGAUUGUCCGGCUACAGCCCCACCCCCUCUGCCCAGGAUAUGGGUGU